CUGAAAGCUCGGAGCGGGCGGGUGCUGAAGAGGGCUGGGGCCCGAUGAUUUCUAGGGUCCAGGUCCGCACCGUGGAUGAGGCUGGGGGGCGGGGGAGCCGUGACCUGAGAGGCGACCAAAUGGUCAGCCCCACGACCGUGCACUGGACAUCCAGAGCACGCAGUGGACGCUCCGCUGCGGAAGGUGCACCAGGCUCUCCAGACUGUGGAAGGAACCGAAGGGAAAGUUCUAAGGGGCGUGCUAGCCGCUCUGGGCUGGCUCCUGGCAUCUCCCGGAGUCGCAGAACUAGAAUGACUGACUGGGCUUCAUCCAUAAGUUGCACGUUUCCAGUUCUGUGAAUAUUUCAACAAAGUUGACACAGGUGUAUGAAAAGCUAACGAGCAAAGUUUCUGAGUCUUCACUGGCGAAGAGAAUUCUCAAAGCUCCUAGCUAUGCGUCUCUCUGUAUUGCUGGCCUUGGCAUCCAAGGUCACUCUGCCCCCUCACUACCGCUAUGGGAUGAGCCGCCCAGGUUCCCUGGCAGACAAGAGGAAGAAUCCCCCAGGGACCAGGCGGCGCCCCGUGGUUGUGGAACCCAUCUCUGAUGAAGACUGGCAUCUGUUCUGUGGGGACAUGGUGCAGAUCCUGGAAGGCAAGGAUGCAGGGAAGCAGGGCAAGGUGGUUCAAGUCAUCCGGCAGCGGAAUUGGGUAGUCCUGGAGGGGCUGAACACGCAUUUCCGCUACAUUGGCAGGACAAAGGAUUCUCCGGGAACCAUGAUCCCUAGUGAAGCCCCUUUGCUCCACUCCCAGGUCAAACUUGUGGAUCCUGUGGACAGGAAACCCACCGAGAUUGAGUGGAGAUUUACGGAGGCAGGAGAGCGAGUACGAGUCUCCACAAGAUCAGGAAGAAUUAUCCCCAAACCUGAAUUUCCCAGAGCUGACGGCAUUGUCCCUGAAACAUGGACUGAUGGUCCCAAAGACACAUCAGUGGAAGAUGCUAUGGAAAGAACUUACGUGCCUCGUCUGAAGACACUGGAGGAAGAGGUGAUGGAGGCAAUGGGGAUCCAGGAGACCCGGAAACACAAGAAAGUCUAUUGGUAUUGAGUCUGGGGAAGACAGCUUCUCCGGCUUUUUAUCUUAGCCUUGAAGGCCAAAGCACUAUUUUCAGACACCAAUAAAGUGCCGCCGUUAGUCUU